GCGCCACCUCUCUCCUCCACCACUUCGACCGCACCGCCAAAGACUCCUCCUCCAAAUCCCAACGCAUCGGCCUCUCCUCUUAGUCUCCCUAAGUUUAUCGUAGUUUAAGCUCCAUACCCUAACCCUAGAAAUCAAUGGAGGUUGAAGUCAAGCUUCGUCUACCAGACUCCGCCUCUCUCCAGAAGCUUCUCUCUCUCCUCUCACCUUUCCACCUCAAGACCCACCGCCAAUACAACACCUUCUUCGACGGCGCCGCCUCCGAGCUCUCCUCCCGGCGCGCCGUCCUCCGUCUCCGCUUCUACGACGAUGACGCCAAAUGCGUAGUCUCUCUCAAAGCCAAGGCCGUGCUUGUCGACGGCGUGAGCAGAGUCGAGGAAGACGAGGAGGAAUUGGACCCCCUCAUAGGUCGUGAAUGCGUGGCGAAUCCAUCGAGGCUUGGCUCGAUCGAUUUGAGAGUGUUGAGGAGGGUGAGGGAUGAGUUUGGGGUUGUUGAUGGAGGGUUUGUGUGUCUGGGUGGGUUUAGGAAUGUAAGGGCAGUGCAUGAGUGGAAUGGGUUGAAGCUGGAGGUGGAUGAGACUAUGUAUGAUUUUGGUACUUUGUACGAGAUCGAGUGCGAGAGCAACGAGCCGGAAAAGGCCAAGAAGUUGCUUGAGGACUACUUGAAGGAAAAUGGGAUUGGUUAUUCGUACUCUGAAGCUUCAAAAUUUGCAAUUUUCCGAUCCGGGAAGUUGCCAUAGUUACUCAAACUUAUUGAUAGCAACAUGGGAUUCAGCUACUUGCUUAGUGCGAUUAACAUCAGAUUUGUUGUCCAAGUAUCUUUGUACAAUAAACAGCUUUCAUCAGGUACAUAACUCAAACUUACCAAAAGCGACACGCUGACACCUGCCACCGUUUUGACUCACUUUGGAUAAUCCAGUCAUUCUUCAAUUGCUAUCGGACCCCUGGUCUUGUUGAAUAGGCACUCGGGACGUCCUGCUCACCUCUUAACAAUAAUUCCAAAUCAUUUUUGGUGUAUAAUGUAUUCAAUAUUUUGGAAAAUUUGAAGUAGAUCAAACGAUUCACAGUCUGAUUCCACCUAUUACUCAUGGCUAUAAAAAUAAUCAAAUUUGAAUUACUGAGAUUGGCAUAAAUCUUGAUGCAACUUUAUAUGUCUCUCUUUCCGAUUUCAUCAUUUUUAAGAGUGUUAAACAUAUAUUGUUGGAAUUCUCAACUUGAUCAAACAAAACUUAAUCCCAAAUACUUUAUUUUCUCCAUUCACCCAAUCUAAACCAUAUUAUCUGUCGUAUUAUAUCCAUGGGAAUCAAUGGCAGUGACAAUUGAUUGGAACACAUGAUGUUGAUGGUUACAAAGAUAGUGAAAGGUUGGUGAGGUGGGAGUGCAUGGAGGUGGUGGUAAUGGUGGUGAUGACGGCUCACCUGAGUUGUACGUGACGCAGUUGGAAGCCGUAGAAUUGGUGAUGGAGUGGCAAGAGCUAGUUGGGUAGGUGCUGAUGAAAGUAUUGACAAUUUAAUGGAUGUGAUAAUAUUUUUGAAGUUACUGGGGAUAUACCGGACCAUAUACGAGGCGCUUUAUGUGGAAAUGGUGAUACGGUGGUAGCUACUAGUGUGCUGGUGGUUCAAAAUAGAUGAUGGUCAUUCUGAGUGACUUGUGGUGCGUGCUACAAGUCAUCAUUCUGGUGGUUCAAGGCCAUCAAAGCAGCAGUAAAGGUUGUGCUGGUGAUGGUGUGAAAAUAGUGCUUGGCCAAUAUGGGGAAGGGAAAACGAUAAUAAACUUGAAAAAUAGCUUAUUAUUACCGACUGGUGCCAUAAUUAAUCAUAGAGUUAAACAGGGAGAGAUUCUACGGGGAAGGGAAAACAAUAAUAAACUUGACGAUAGCUUAUUACUACCGACUGAUGCCAUAAUCAAUCAUAGAGUUAAACAGGGACAGAUUCUAUUCUUUUUAAAUGUUGACAAGAGUCGAUGGCACACUUUUUGAAGGGAACAAGCUGUCUAUCUACAAGUUGAAGCAUUGAAACGUUUACGGCUUUCAAAGAGAGACCUGGUGUGUUGUGUAUGUGUGUGCCAAGAGACUGCCUAUUCUCCUAAUUGUCGGUUAAAUGUUCCAUGGAAUCCUUAAAGGGCUUAUUAAAGAUAAAACAUUUGAAUGUUGUCAUGAAAGGAUCUCAGCUCAUUUAUUACUGCGCGCGCGCGUGUGUGUGUGAGAUUCCAUAUAUUAAUUCAGAUUUUUAACUCCUACCCCGAUGACAAAUGUGAUUGGGUGACCUGAUAAGAUUUAAUUUUUCA